UGCGAGAGGAAUGUGACGGAAGGCCCGGCGAAGCGAUCUUCUUCCUCCCCAAGCUCUCUGCCUCCGGACUGCUUAGUUACUGGUGAUACUCUUCGUUUCCGUCGUCUUUUGUUUGAUUCCGACGCACAUCCUAUUUCAUUCCGUCGGGAAUGCCAUUGUACUUCCCAAGACCCGCUCAGUCUUCCGAUGCUUUCGAUUCUACAAGUUUUGCGGAGCCAAUCUCCCGUCAUGUAGGAGAUUCGCUUUCUUCUGAUUUUCGGGGCACAUGAGUCAGGAUUGUUUGAUUUUGAAGCCGGGUUGUUGAGAGGCUUGUGAUUUUCUUUCCUCUGGUUCACCAUGGAGAGGGAAAAGUACGCGAAGGAAUUGGAGGUGGCUGUCAGAGUGGUCCAUGUGGCGUGUGCUCUUUGUGAGAGAGUGCAGGAGCGGCUUCUUUCUGCGAGCGAUGAUCACGUUAUUUCCAAGGACGAUGAUUCUCCUGUGACUGUUGCUGACUUGAGUGUUCAAGCAACCAUCAGUUGGUUCCUAUCAGAAAUUUUUGGGAGUAAGAACGUGUCAAUCGUUGCUGAAGAAGAUACAGAAAUUAUCUCCAAAGAUGCUUCAGCAGGUCUGCUGGCAGCAGUAGUGGGCACUGUCAAUGAAUCUUUAGCCUCUGCACCCAAGUACGGUCUUCAAAGUCCAGAGACAGCUCUUGGGACUACAGAAGUUCUUGAGGCCAUUAGGCGUUGCAACUCAACUGGAGGACCCAGUGGAAGACAUUGGGUUCUUGACCCUGUUGAUGGCACAAUAGGGUUUGUAUGUGGGGGUCAGUAUGCUGUGGCCUUAGCUCUGAUUGAGGACGGAAAAGUUGUUCUCGGAGUUCUUGGGUGUCCUAACUACCCAGUGAAGACAGAAUGGCUCAAUUAUGAAUACCAGAAUCAUCAAACCAACUCAAAUUUUGCUUCAACUAUUCCAGAUGCAUGGGGAAAAGGGUGUGUAUUGUAUGCUAGUAAAGGUAGUGGCAAGGCAUGGUUGCAGCCAUUAAUUGCUGGAGAUAAGAUUUUAGAAUGGCCAAAUUGUGCUCGACUUAUUCAGGUUUCUUCCGUAGAUGAUCCAGCAUUAGCAACUCUAUGUGAACCAGUGGAAAGAGCAAACUCCAACCAUUCCUUCACAGCUGGACUUGCUCAUAGCGUGGGACUUAGGAAACAGCCAAUGCGGGUGCACAGCAUGGUGAAAUAUGCAGCAAUAGCUCGAGGAGAUGCUGAGAUAUUCAUGAAAUUUGCAAAGUCAGGUUACAAGGAGAAGAUAUGGGACCAUGCUGCUGGGGUUGUAAUAGUAGAAGAGGCUGGUGGUGUGGUGACUGACGCUGGAGGGCGUCUUCUGGACUUCUCAAAGGGAAUGUACUUAGAAGGACUUGACCGAGGCAUUAUUGCAUGUUCUGGGGUCACUCUCCAUGAGAAGUUCAUUGCAGCUGUUUAUGCUAGUUGGGACUCCUCAAAUUUAUGAGUCCUAAUUAUUUUGUUUGAUUAUAACAAGGUUCAACUGAGUUCUGUCAUAGGGAUUCACCAAUGACGAGAGCAAGUCUUAUGGCAUCUACACAGGUAUAUAUAGAUUAUUCACCAAUAAAGUCUUCAUGUUAUCAGUGGGAUCUAUACUCACUCUUUUGACAUAUGAGAUACAAGCCAUUUCCUUAUCAGUGGACUAGGAUCAGUCUUCAUUAGCUUAAUUAGUCCUUUUCCAAUGUAUCUGAGUCGUAGAACUCUGGUACUGAGGUAAUCUGGUUACAGGUACAAAAAGAAGAAGAGGUAAUCUGGUUCAUAUUCUGGAUUGUUUAUCUUUUGUUGGGUGUAGUUUUACCAAUUAAUGAGAAGUUAGAAGUAAUACAUUACCAUUGCAUUACAAUUCCUUAAAAAUGAGCGAGAGAAAGUUCAACAUAUGAUUGUUCCAUGAGCUUA